AUGGUUGACACAUACCCCAUUGGCACUCGCUCUGAAAGCGAGAACCUCGUUCGGGACUGGGGCUUCCGGCAUGUUUUCACCUGGUCGGAUGGAAGCAAUGCAUAUUACUCUCCGCAUACCCACAGAGGUCUCACGACUCAUCUGAUUCGGCGGGGCACGCUGACAAUCACGUACCCCGACGAUAACGCGGCCUUGCACAGCGGCGAGGUCAAGAAAGAGACCUUUGGCGCUGGCGCUCGAGUAGAUGUACCCGCUGGGAAGCUGCAUGAGGUUUGGAUUGGAGAUGAGGGGUGUGAGUAUGUGAUUGGGGAGUGA